CCUACCAAUUCCCGGGACCAAGAGACACCGGGACCAGGAGACACCUGGAGUCACCAUGUCUCAUUACAAUAUCCGGCUAUACAAGGACUCCGACUAUGAGCUGGCCAGGGAACUCUUUACCCGCGGUAUGAUUGAACACUACCCUAUGGCCUUCAGACUGGCUUUAAGACAUCCUCGAUCAUGGCUUUCUCUGCUGGUCAUAUUCCUGGGUUCUUUCUUGAUCUCUGGAUCUGUCUUUUUGUCCAUCUUGGUAUUGACAAUUGCAUUAAUUGUCCUAUUGAUCUGCUCAAGAUAUGUCUAUUCUUCUUACGUUGACCACUGCCUGUCACAUGACAUGUUGGACAUCAGGAAAUAUUAUUUGCAAAGGGAUGGUCGCUGCUUUUGGGUGGCGGAGUCUGGUGGGAUAGUGGUGGGUACAGUGGCUGCUGUCCCAUCAUCUAAUCCACCUGGAGAGAAACACACGGAGCUCAAGAGGCUGACUGUUGCCCGGAGUCACAGAGGUAAAGGGAUUGCUAAAGCCUUGUGCAGGACGGUUAUUGAUUUUGCCCGCCAGAGAAGUUGUGAGGCUGUUGUCCUGGAGACUUCAUUGCCCCAGAUUGACGCUUGGAAAUUGUACGAGAAAAUGGGUUUCUGGCAAACUCAUGCCAUAUGUCUACCUAGCUUCACAGAAAGACUUGCUUAUGUCAUGGAGUUGUUUUACCGAUAUGAUAUACCAAUAACCCGUUAACAGGUACAUUUCUCAAACUAAUUGGCUGCCGAAUGAUUAGUAAGUCUUAAUGUCUGGUGGAUAACUGGUAAGGGCAGUGACUGCUGCCCCUUCAUUUCACUCCAGUGAGGACAUUGAUGUUCAAAAGUGGGUUUCCACCAAACAUAUACCAUACAUCAACCUAUCUUCACAGGAAGACUUGACAAUGUAACUAUUUUAACAAAACAAUAUAAUGU